CUGGCCCUACCAUAGAAUAUAUUCAAAGUUUCAAAAAUGGACCCCGAAACUAUCUCGAAAAAAUAUCCCUUCAUCACAAAUCAAUACUUGGAGGAAGUUCUACGCAAAGAUCAGUGUGAAAGUUCCAUCCGAGUACAGGAUUUCAGUGUAGUGCCUGCACUGGGUAAAGGAGAAAACUACUCCAGUGAUAUUUUGCGUGUGAAAAUCAACUAUGUCACGGGAAGCAACAAUCAUAGAACUCAAACGUACAUCGUCAAAUCUUCGCUGGUCAGUGAAGGCAUGGCUGAUAUGUUGGAAGAGUACGACGUAUUUCAUAGGGAAAUUGCCGUUUACAAAAACGUAAUGCCACGGGUCGAGCAACUGUUGGCCUCCAUUGGCUACACGAAAAAACUAGCUCCAACAGCACACGUUAUAAGUUCAACGAAUCCCAAACAUUUUGUCUUUGAAGAUCUUGCUUUGCAAGGAUUCAAAUCAGCCGAUCGAAGGCAAGGUCUCACUUAUCGGCAGCUGGAGAUGGUCCUGGAAAAAAUCGCAAUGUUUCAUGCCGCGACUGCCGUCAUGUUCAGUCAGGACGAAGAAACCAUGAAAGAUCACAACUAUCGAAACAUCAACGAAGAGGUGCAACACUUUUACCCUCUGUUCCAAAACAGCAUGGUCGCCUGUGCAGAACAAGCUCAAAAAUGGCCAACCACUGCCAAUAGGAUUGCCAACAAGCUGUUCGAUCUAGAGAAAACCGUCAUUCCGAAGGGCUGUCAUGGCUACACACGCGACAACUCCACUUUCAACGUCCUGAACCAUGGUGAUCUGUGGGUCAACAACACCAUGUACAAGUUCGAUGAGCAUGGUAACCCGAUUGAUAGUAUUCUAGUAGAUUACGCCGUAGGAUUCUACGGCUCCCCGGCGAUAGAUCUCAGCUAUCUAUUUUUUACCUCUUCAUCGGAUGACGUCACCACGGAGCAGUUUGAUCUGCUGAUUCAGUAUUAUCACUCAGAAUUAGUUGACUGUCUAUCGAAGCUGAACUACAGUAAACCGCUUCCCACUCUGUUGGACAUUCAGAUAGAAAUGCUACGCAAGGGAUUCGUGGGAAUAAUGUUCGUUACCUUUCUGAUUCCCUUGCGGCUGAUCGAGGAUACGGCAAAUGCGGACUUGGGUAACUUGCUGGGGUCUACGCCGGAAGCCUUAGAGUUUCGCCGGAACAUGUUUAGCCAUCCAAAGUAUCAAGGUAGAAUGGAGUACCUGCUGAACUACUUCGAUCGGAAAGGAUACCUAGAUUGA